GAAACACACAAGGAAGAUGAAACCUCGGCACACAGAUGUGCAGCUUUAUACGGGCUUUAAACUGACAGACAUGUCAGAGACUGUGAUCAGCUGAAAACUGAAGGAGACUGAGCAUCAAUAUGCAUCGUUCCAGCAAAGAAAGAGCACCCUCACAAAAAAAACAAGAUGCUCCCAAAUCCCCCUUAUCCACAGCUCAAAAUCCUCAGAAGAGAGAAAGCAGCUUAGAAAGACCUCCUUUAAUGAGCAAUGAGACUCCUCUGAGGAUUGUUCUUCUGGGGAAAAGCACAUCAGAAAACAGUGUUGUGGGAAACUUGAUCUUGGGUCGAUCAGCGUUUGACAGUGAAGCUCCUCCAGAUGUUGUGGAGAGAGUCGGAGGAAGACUGAAGCACAGACACGUGACACUCAUCAACAGUCCUCAGCUGCUCAACACAAACAUCUCAGAUGAUCAGAUCACACAGACGGUCAGAGAGUGUGUGAGUCUGUCUGAUCCAGGACCUCAUGUGGUGGUUCUGCUCCUCCAACAUCAGCAGUGUUCAGCAGAAGAUCAAGAGCGUGUGGAGAAGCUGCAGGACUCUUUCUAUGAGCGCCUUCUUCAACACACCCUGGUGCUCAGCACACAAGAGUCCACUGAACCCAAUCAGAUCCUGCAGAAGAUCAUCCAGAAAUGCUCAAACAGACACUUCAGUCUUCAGAGAAGCAGCUCUGCUGAUCAUCUUCUGCAGGCCUUUGAGGACAUCGAGCAGAGCAAUGAGGGACGACACCUGAUUUCUGCUCAAUAUGAAGCUUCUAAGUAUUUCUCAGUGGAACAAGAGGCCACACAAAGAGACUGUGAGAAGCUGAAUGUGUUGGUGUGUGGGAGCGACAGCUCACUGAAAUCCUCCAUCUCAGAGCUGAUCCUGCAACACACACACAGAAGAUCAGAGAGUGUGAGGACAGACGUGGAUCUUCAUGGUCGUCUCAUCAAUGUGCUGGAGCUUCCAGCUCUGUUCAACACUGGGCUCUCAGAGGAGGAAGUGAUGCGUCAGACUGUCCGCUGUGUGUCUCUCUGUCAUCCUGGAGUUCAUGCUUUCCUCCUCAUUAUUCCUGACGCUCCACUCAAUAAUGAAGACAGAGCAGAAAUGGAGGAGAUCCAGAAGAUCUUCAGCUCCAGAAUCAACAAACACAUCAUGAUCCUCAUCAUGCAGAAUUCAGAGCAUCAGACAGCAGAACUCAAUGAAGAAACACAGGCUGUCAUUCAGAGUUUUGGAGGAAGACAUCAUUACUUUAAUCCUAAAACACAAGUGUCCACAUUGAUGGAGAACAUUGAGAAGAUGCUGGAUAAAAAUAGAGGAGGCUUUUACUCCACAAAGACAUUUCUGGAGGUGCAAAUGGAAAAACUGAUGAAAUAUGAAGAGAAGAAGAAACUUCACUCACUAGAGACCCACUUACAAUCAAAAGGUUUAGCAGAGAGUGAAGAUGAACUGAGGAUUGUUCUUCUGGGGAAAACUGGAGUUGGUAAAAGUUCAACAGGAAACACAAUCUUAGGAAGAGACGUGUUUGCAGCAGGCACAUCUCAAGAAUCUGUUACUGAAGAGAGUCAGAGAGCAACAUCUGAAAUCAAUGACAGACGCAUCACUGUGAUCGACACUCCAGGACUGUUUGACACUGAACUUACUAAUGAGGAGAUCCAGAGAGAAAUCAGCAACUGCAUCUCCAUGAUUCUGCCUGGACCACAUGUGUUCAUCAUCGUGCUCAGUAUAGGACAGAGAUUCACUCAAGAGGAAGCAACACCAGUGAAGUUCAUCCAGGAGACGUUUGGUGAACACUCUCUAAUGUUCACCGUGGUGCUCUUCACCAGAGGAGAUGAUCUGAUGAAUCAAUCCAUUGAAGAGUCUCUGGGUAAACCUGGAUCUGCGGUCAGAAAACUGCUUAAAACUUGUGGAAACAGAUUCCAUGUGUUCAACAAUAAUCAGCCUGAAGACCGAACACAAGUGUCUGAUCUACUGGAGAUGAUAGACAACAUGGUGAAGGCAAAUGGAGGGAGCUUCUACUCAUGUAAGAUGUUCAUAGAGAUGGAGAGAGAAAAACAAGAACAACAGAUGAAGAUCCUGAUGGACAGAGUCAGAGAAACAGAAGAAGAGAAAGACAGAAUGAAGUUGAUGAUGGAGGAAGAACGACAGAAUCAGGAGAAAGAAAGAAAGAGAAGAGAAGAACUGAUAAAGAAACAUAAAGAGAAAGAGAGAAUGAAGAUGAUGAUGGAGGAAGAACGACAGAAUCAGGAGAAAGAAAGAAAGAAAAGUGAAGAGGAGUUUAAAGAAAGAGAAGAACAAAAUAAAAUGCAGAUGAGAAGAAAACAAGAGGAAUGGGAGAAACAGAAACAAGAGGACGAGAAGAGAAGAGAAGAAAAACAGCAGAUUUCAGAUGAACAGAUUCAGAAACUCAAGAGUGAAACAAUCAAAGAGAAAGAGAGAAAGGAAAGAGAGAGGCAAACACAACUAGAGGAUUCAGAAAAAAGUCUGAAAGAAAAAAAGAUGAGAGAAGAUCAACAAAAGAGUUUUAAAGAGAAACUGAAACUGCUCGAAAAACAGCAUAAAGAAGAACGAGAGGAGUGGAGAAAGGAAAAUGACAGAGAGAAAGAGAAGAUGAUGAGGAAAAUUCAGUCUGAAACUGAUGAUUCACUACAGGUCGCAGCCUACAGGAAACUGGAGACCAUAUACAGCGAGUGGUCCUGGAGUCUCCACAAUGCCAUGAUGGAAAUUGAGAACAAACUACACAAUCAAAUAGAAAAUGAAGCAAUUCAUGAGGUUAAAGAAACUGAUCUUCACAGAGAACUGAAGACGACCAGUGAAGAAGUGGAAAAAUCCAUGGCAGAGUUCUUUGAGAAAGACACAGAUAAAUAUAUACUGAUUCAGUGGAAAACAUCAUUUAAAACCAAAAUCAAGGAGCUUCAGGAAAACAUUUUGAGAGAAGCAAAAAAGAAAUUAAAUGAGGUUCUACAGCAACAUGACAUGAAUAGAAAGAUUGAUGCUCAGAGGAAACAUUAUGAAAACACUCUCUAUGUAAAGUGCCAAGUGCCUGAAUUGAAAAACCAAUCUGAAAUAACUGCUAAAAGAAUAGUGAAGAGCAAUUUUUAUUUGUUUUGGGAACUGAGUAUGAAAGAUAUCAUCAGAAACACUUCUGCAAUCAGAGAGAUCGACAUAAUGAGAGAUGUGAGAAAGAUCCUUAGUCACAUCUAUGAAAGUGCUCCUGUAGACCAAUGGAAGGACAGCAGGGAUAUUUUCAAUAUAAAAACUUAUUCACAUUAUGUAUGGCUGAAAAGAAACUACAGACGCAGUGGUCUACUACAAUUUACAAUCGAGUGGUUUGGGUACAUUCUGUCUAAAGAAGAUGAAGCCCAGAUCAGAUCAUUCGUCUCAGAUGUUGCUCAUCAGACAGACAGAAUGAUUCAGUCAUUUAACAUUACAAAGACGGGCUACAACAUCAGCUUAAUUCAACAACUCAUAUAUUACAUCAACACAAGAGAAUCAGAACAUGAGGAAAGAGCAGUGAAAUAUGUGUUCAAGGAUGAGUUCUUCAUUGAUUUGGUUUAUUCCAUCUGUAAAAGAGCAAACAAGAAGAUCACUGACCAACACACACUCUUCAGAGAGGCCAAUGAUCCAGAAAUAUACUUAAAGAAGAAAAAAGAUGAGUACUACAGUAUUUUCCAGAAAUACUGUCAUGGAGCAAAACCAGCUGCUAUUUUUGCUGAGAUCAUCUGUCAGAAACUGAAGGAGCCCAUAGAGCAGAGCAUCUACAAGAAAACUGCCAGAGAUUUAGCAGAUGAAAUGAAAACAGACUGUGAAUCACUGAGUGGAAACCGAUCAAAUCUGGAGAAACACAUCCUGAAGACUCUGGCAGAAGAGGAGGACUUUGACAAAUACAUGAACUACAUUCAUUAUCCUAGAGAACACUUCAAGAGUUUCAUCAGAGAUGAAGUCAGUCGCUACAUCAGAGAUAAGUUCAGCAUCAGUGUUUUACCCAAGAUGAAGGAGAACAUUAAACUCCUGCAGCAGAAGAUCAUGAACGCAGCACAUCAAUCUACUGAACAUGUUCAAGUCAACAGUGGAGAUGUUGGUUUGUGGUUGAAGAGUUUCACACAGCAGCUCUCAGAUCAGCUGAUCUUCUCUGAAAAAGACCUCAGUGGAGUCAAACAUGAUGAUGUUGAUGAUUUCAGACUCCUAGAAGAUGUGAUCAGACAAGAGCUUCCUGCUGUAAUGUCAGACAUCAGCAGGAGAUUCAACAAAGACACAUUUCCAGUAAAGCUGGACUAUAAGUUCAGGCCAGAUGAGCUUCUGAUUGAUCACUUCUGUCAGUGCUGUUGGGUUCAGUGUCCGUUCUGUGGAGUCACCUGCACAAACACUAUAGAGAACCAUGUCGGAGAUCACAGUGUUGCCGUUCAUCGUGUAAUUGGACUAAAUGGACAGUUUUGUGCAGGAACAAAAAACUUGUCUAUUAACAUCUGCACAUCAGCAGUAGCCAGUGAUCAAUCUUUUAAUCUCACUGCCUCACCUAAAUCAGUCCCCUGGAGAGAAUACAGAACAGCAGGAGGAGUUUAUGCAGACUGGAGCAUCACUCCUGAUCUCUCUGAACUGCCCUACUGGAAGUGGUUUGUCUGUAGAUUCCAGAAAGAUCUGGAAAAAUACUACAGUAAAACAUUUGAGAAGAAAGGUAAUAUACCAGUUGAAUGGAAAAAAUACACAAAACGAGAUGCUGCUAAGAGUUUGGAUGAAUACAUCUAAUGUAGGAGAAGAAAGAGAAACUGAAUCAGUUAUUACUUGCAUACGUUCAUCAACGAGAGUCUCAUCUACAGCUCAGAUUAGUUGUAUCAAAUACACCGAACUCUAAAGACAAUAUUUAAUUCUUUAUAAAAGAAAUCUACCAAACCACAUAUUUCUGAAUAAAUGACUAAUUAGAAUAACUAGACGUUUGAUGACCAAUCAAACAAAUGUAUGAUUAUGACCACAGUAAUUUAUUAUUUGUUUUCUAGUUGUGUAUAUUAUUGUGUGUGACAUAUCAGGACACAAAUCUUUAUAAUGACAUAGGUAUGACACCGGUAUUACAAAAAGGAGGUGAAAUUUGAGGACAUUUGGUGGCGUCCUCAUUUCUCAAAAAGCUUAUAAAUCCCACAAGAUGAGUUUAAUCAGAGAGUAAAGCUGCACACAGUCUCCUGUGAUGGUUGGGUUUAGGGGUAGGGUGGGGUGAGGGCAAUACAAUAUACGGUUUGGACCGUAUAAAAUGAAUGGAAACCUAUGUAAUGUACCCACUUUUCACAAAAACAAGCAAGUGUGUGUGUAUGUAUCCAGUAGGGCUGCUCGAUUAUGGGAAAAAAAUAAAUAAAAAAAAAUCAGGA